AUGCCGAUGGCGCCGACGGCGCCACCACGGCCGCCGACGUUUGUGCCGCCCCCGGCACCUGCCGCCGCGGCUCCGCGAAAACCUCGGCGUGGAGGGUUGAAGAAGCCAUCCCAGGGCGGCGGCGGCGGCGGCCUAAAGCUGACGGUUCGGGUGUCGGACGCGGAGCCUUCGGCGCAGGAAGCUCCGGUUUUUUCUUCGGACGACGACGACGACAAGCCGGGCGGGGUCUCGCGGCGGGACACACGAGGCGAGUGGCCGCACGAGUUCAAGUUCCGGCCUCAGCUGGGGGGCAGCAGGAAGGUGUGCGCCGUCUGCGGGAAGGACUUCGUGCGCAUCUGCACGGCCUGUGGGAAGUGCAUGGAGUGCUUCCGCGCGGGGAACAGGGAUUGCGUGGAGGGUGCGGUGAACAACACGCCGCCGCGGCGGCUCUCGCCUCCGCCGGAGGCGUUGCCGGAUGAGAGAGAGUGGCCAGAGUACCCCAAGACUAUGACGAGGAACAAGGACGGCACCAGCGUGCUCGAGAAGCGCAUGGAGCGCGCGAUCUACGAAGCCAUCCGCCUGGGCGACACCGAGCCGAUCGUCGGCCUCAUCCGGGCCGGCGUGUCGCCGAACUUCAAGCGGCCGGCGGGAGAGACGUGCCUGCACGCCGCCGCCUACUGCGGCGCGCUUGACCUCGUGAAGGACCUCGCUGAGCGGAAGGCGGACCCUGCCGUGAAGGAUUCGCACGGGAACCUCCCCGUGGACCUGGCCGCGAUGCAAGGGAAGGACGCGGUGGUGGGCUUCUUGCAGCCGCUGGCGCCUUCAAAGACGCCCUUCACGAUCGCGUGGAAUGUAUAA